AUGAUACACCGUGUGCCAGCUUGUCUACUUCUUUCUGCGAUGACGUUUCACGCCAUUUCUGGGGUCACGGCCGGAUCGACCAUAUCCUGGUCAAGUCGUGGUGAAAGGAAACACGUGAGGUCAGACCUCAGCUCCAUUUUGGUCAGACAUGCUAGAAGUUUUCCCGACGAAGAACCAUGCUUGACGAUCACGUUUUUGACAGAGCUGAAGAAACGUUUCGUGAAUUCCUUGGAUCACAACAACGACGGCACCGCAACCUUUAGUGAGGUCAAAGAGUAUCUGCAGAAGUUCAAGCCUAAUGUCAAGGACGAUGCUGUUAGCAGAUUCAUAAGCAGAAGGGACAUGAAUGGAAAUGGAGCUAUAGACUUUGUCCCAGAGUACGUUCGCGAGAUGGCCGGUAAUGACUAUACAAUGGCCGCUGCAGCAGAAUGGUACCACCUUCAUGACACCAACGACGACAACAUUGUUACCGAAAAGGAACUCAUUAACGCUUCCAAGGCACUUGGGUUGACCCCGCAGCAAGCCGAGGAAGCAGUUCAAGGUUACUACAUGGCAGCAGACGAGAAUGGCGAUGGGAAACUUUCGUUUAAUG